AUGGCAGGGAAACGAAGUGAAAUUUGGAAUUACUUUAAAAACUGUGAUGGGAAGCGCGCUUAUGGUAAGCAUUGUUUGGUUUCCAUCAGCUACAACGGAGGAUCCAUAAGGCAUCCUUUUAUUAAUACAAAGGCAAAGCAAAUAAACAGCGGCACAUCGGAACAGCCGCCUCAGAGCGAUCAACCAGCGCAGCACGAGCAACCGGGACAAAAUGAGCAACCAACACACAGCGAACAACUCUCAAUAAACAAUUUUUACAAAAAGCGCCCAACCAAGGGAUCAGAGGAGAAAAUUAACAUGCAGUUAGUAAAAAUGAUAGCAAAAGGACAUCACGCAUUGCGAAUGGUAGAUGAGCCUGAGUUGGUAAAGUUUGUAGAGAUGGUGUCUAAGUGUUCCACCUACACAAUGCCGUGCAGAAAGACACUUUCGCAAAAGCUUAUUCCACGUGUUUGCAAUGAUAUUGAAGCUGAAGUCAGGGAAAAGCUACAGCAGACGUUUGCGGUAUGCCUUACUACCGAUGGUUGGACGUCUUCCACUAAUGUAAGUUACAUCGCUGCAACAGCGCACUUUAUUGAUGACAACACUAAGCUUUGCUCGGCUCUUUUAUGUUGUGAGGAAUUUGACGCUAGUCAUACCGGUGCAAAUUUAUGUAAUUUUUUAAAAGAAGUGAUGGAGCGUUGGAAUGUAUCUCAUAAAGUGGCUGCUACAGUAAGUGACAGUGCAGCAAAUAUUCUAAGCGCAGUAAAAUUGGGUCAAUGGCGUUCAAUAAGUUGCUUUGCACACUUAUUAAAUUUAGUCGUUCAAAAAGGACUCGGUGAAAUCGCAGAUAUUGCAGGAAAGGUUAAAAAUAUUGCGGAGUAUUUUAAUCGUAGCACUCAAGGAACAAAAAGGCUGAAGGAUUUUCAAGUUCAAAUGCAAAUGCCUGUUCUAAAACUUAAGCAGAGCGUACCCACAAGGUGGAACUCAACAUACGAAAUGCUUUCCCGAAUUGUAGAAGUAAAAGAUGCUGUAAUGAGUACAAUAGCAAUAUUGCGCUCAGAUCUUAUAAUAAGUAAUAUUGAAUGGGAAAUCAUUGAAGGAGCCUUGCCAAUACUAAAGCCGUUUUACGAAGUAACUAUAGAAAUAUCCUCCGAAAAAAAUGUAAAACGUCAUCAAAAGUUGUCGUUCUCAAUAAUUUAA